AUGGGCGACCAGACCUCGUCCGCCUUUGACUAUAAAUCACCGGAUUCAGUUCCACCUCCCCCAUACCCUAAUCACCUUGAUUCUCCGUUAAUUCUCGCAGAAACUAAAACGACCCGAACCAAAGUUGUCACCACAACAACUGAAACAACUACUCAUUUGUUGUCUCUCCCGGUUUGGAAAAAGCGUGGUGUCGUUGACUUUCAGCCUGACGCAUACCAACAACGUUCUGGCCUGUCCUCUCAAUUCUCGUCGGCUGCUUCUUUCAAGAUCAAUAAGGCGCUUCCUCCUACACCACCGAUCGAAAAAGAUGAUUCUGUGGUCUUAGCUGAUCCAGUAUCGUCGUUUUUUGUUGCUCAGCCCUCAACAAUCGUUCAUCCCUCACACUCAACGGCAGCAUUGGCUCAUGCGGCUCUGGGAAUAGGACUUCCCCAUGUGAUUCCACUGGCCUCUACGUCUCGCUUGUCGUCGGAAGUCAAUUCGAUCGUCUUUGCGGCAUCCCCUCCCCAGUCAAACGUUCGACUUUCUCCUAGCGUUCGGAGAGUAAAAAGCUCACAGAGGAUUGGUGCAAAAGGCUCCGCAGGGACGCUGGCGUCUAGCGAUAGCUCCCCAAUCAUCAACGAACGUAGAAGGUCACGCGGCUUGUCGUUUAGUGCGGUCUCAUUCCUCUCUUUCACGAGUUCAGACGGCAAGGGCAAGGAGAAAGAAAAAGAGGGGGUUACACAAGAUCCCUUGCAUACACCCCCAAAGUCUUUAUCCCGAAGAUCCUCCUUUUGGACCCGUAAAAAAAUACUUCCACUCACAAAUCUCCCAACUUCACCGACACCUCGUGAAGCUGCUUCUCCUGUUCUUCCCUCUGUCUCUCACCAGUAUCCUCAUUGUUCGUCUUUAGAGUUGAAUAACCAUCUUCCAAAGUCGUCAACACCUCCUCCCGAACAUCCCACCGCCGUUCACCAUCAACGUCGACUUUCAAGGAGUCGUUCCCAGAAGAUAGGAUUAUAUGAUGAUCUACCUUUAUCAUCUCAUGCGUCAUCGUCACAAUCAGCAAAUGUCUCUCAUGAUACCCAAACAUUUCAACGAUCCUCGACCUCUGCCCCUCCGACUCAGCCGACGCACAGUCAAAACAAAUAUUCGAAGGCUGCUUCUUUGGCGGGCAGUAGCGACCACCCUCAAUUUCCACGUCGACCUGGCCAAUUGCCAAGGCAGCGUGCACACACCAACCCUCCUCUCUUACACCGUCUAUCGUUGGGGGUAUUUUCAAACCAGGAAUCUUCUCCCCUGAGCACCACUGCGUGUUCACACAGCCCGUCUGUGUUUGACUCGAAGCUCAAAUUGCCGGGAAAAAUUCCCAAGCCUCUUGGAGAGAACGAAUCUCCGGAGUUGUAUCUCUUGAGGCUGCGAUCUGUUGUUAGUAAAGCUGAGAUGGCUGCGAUCUUGGCUUCCAGCGCAGACUCUUUCCAUGUCCAAACUCUUCGAGCGUAUAUCAAGCAAUUUGAGUUUCACAAUGACCCCCUCGACGUUGCCCUCCGAAAAUUGUUGAUGGAAGUCGGUCUUCCACGCGAAACGCAGCAGAUCGAUCGAGUAAUCGAAGCUUUCGCCGCAAGAUAUUUGGAAUGCAAUCCCAGUCUCUUCGUUUCAGAAGAUCACCCUUACGUGUUGGCAUUUAGUUUGAUUAUGUUGCACACUGACGCAUUUAAUCGUUCAAAUAAGAGGAAGAUGAACAAGGCUGACUACGUCAAGAACACUCGGCUCUUAGGUGUACCGCCAGAAGUUCUCGAGUGUUUUUAUGACAACAUCGUUUUUGCGCCUUUCAUAUUCAUCGAGGAUCCUUUGGAUGUCAACAGCCAACGAUGUUUGAGUUCGGAAACUCAGAGCAAAAAUUCAUCGCCUCCUAAGCCUUUAGCAUCGUCCAGCAAUGUACCAACACCUCUCCUUUCAAGAGGAAGUAAAAUUGAUCCUUACUUUCUCAUUACGAAAGGUCUUCUGGAUCCUUUGCGGGUUAACGUGGAAGCUUAUGUGCCAAAUCAAAGUCCUUAUUCGUGUGAAGGUACAGGCGGACCUUGGGACGAAGAAGAACUACAGCGUGCAUUCCUGAUGGCCGAUGUGGUUGAAGUCAAUUCAGCUGAUAUCACUCGGACGUCGUUCUUCAACAUCGGUGGUGCGGGAGGUUCUUUUAAUUCCGUGAGCAAUGGGGUUUCAGCACAAGCCGACCUCCCGCCUUCGGCUCCUCAGUCUCUAGCCCUUAGAGUGACAAAGGUUGGGCUGCUCAAUAGGAAGGACGAUGUUCUAGCAGGUGGUAGGAAAGCUUCCAAUCGAAAAUGGAAAUCGUGGAGUGUGCUUCUAACUGGCUCGCAACUACUCUUUUUUCGAGACACAACUUGGGCGACUGCCCUGUCAUCGCAGGAUAGUCCACCGGACGGUCGCAUCGCAUACCCCGAAGCAGCUCCUUUUCGUCCUGAUGAAAUACUUUCUGUGAAGGAUGCCGUUGCGGUUCACGAUGAGUUGUAUAUGAAGUAUGAGAACACCUUGAGAUUUGUUCUCAGUGAUGGACGUCAGAUCCUACUUCAGGCUUCCAACGAGCUCGAGCGGAACGAAUGGAUUACAAGGAUCAAUUAUGCCAGUGCUUUCAAGAGUGCUGGGGUUAGAAUGCGGCCUUUAAGAAUGUCCGGUAGGGACGUGGAGCUCACUGGCGUAGCUGCAGCCACUUCCCAUUUACACGACUUACAUCUUCAAAACUCGUCGCUAGUACCGGAACUGUAUACUUGGGAUAAGAGUGCCCCCCGAGAGUUGAUGGACAUGUUAUCAGGCGAUGAAGCUCCAACGACCAAACAACCGACUAUGAAGCGCAGGAUCGCUUUGAUGUACGGUGAUCACGUUGACCUCGACCCAUGUAUCGACCCAGAGCUUGUGGGCACUGAACAAUUCAUAGCAACCUUCCAAAAUGUCAAGGCAGAUUUGUCUGUUGGUUACCCCAUAUCCUUGGAGGAGGGUACGACGUUUUCGAAUCAACAUUGUUCUGUCAACUCCCCAGAACCACAUGCUUCAGCCAAGAGCAAUCCUCGCCUCCCGACGCGCUCAGAUGUGAUUCAGUUCAAAAUUCAAGAGCUGGAAUCAAGAAUAUCUGCAUCGCAAUCACAGCUGGACUCUGAUAUGCGAUGCAUUCGCAACAUUGCCAUUUUAACUCCGUUUCAAAGCGCUACUCGUGCCAAACUCCUGGUCACCGUCCAGGGGAUGGCCAAACGUAUAACUCAACUUCGCAUGAGUCUCGCGCAGCUUGUUUGCCAUCAUGCGGUCCUUUCAAAUGACCUUGUGGCAGAAAAUCGAUCUCUUAGUCACUCAAGGGAGCUUGCGCUUCACGCCGCGAGGAAAACUCUUCAGCGCCAACAGUCCAAAGAUAUACCACAAAUGACACUUUCUUUGCACGAUCAAUACCCCCUUCUUCGGCUCCCUUCAUCUGAAAGUUUAGAAAAUUCUGCCUCUAGACGACCUGAGUCUUCGGUGUGUGACUCUUUCCACUCUGCCAUCGACUUUGGCCCAGAUUGGCCAUCGUCGGAAGAAUUGUUAUCAUCAAACUUUCUUGAUACGCCUCGAGUAUUUGGCUCCCCCAAGCCUCCUCCUUCGUCGUCAUCUUUUUACAGCCAGUCUGCGCCAUCGAGUUUCAGCCAUGGCCAGCCAGCGUUAUGCGAACGCUCCUCUUCAUUUGAUACCAACGAAACUCAAGUAGACGACGGUCAGACAAGUUUUUAUAUAACGAGGGAGGACAACGAAGAAGCUGAGGCGUGGAACGAAACACGAUGUGCAAAGCGUGUGUCUCUUGUUCAAGUGCCGUCUAAUAUCCAUAUCUCAAGGGAGUAUGACCGAAGAGCUCAAAUGUCUUCCCUCUGCCGACAUUGA